AUGACGGCGAAUGGUAAAGUAGAAUCGAAUGCCAACGGCAGCACACAUCACACCGUCAAUGGUGUCAAUGGCCGUCUGAACGGCAGUUAUUCGGCGGCAGAGGCACCACACAGCACAAAUGAGACCUCAUCACAUGUCCAUAUCAGCGGUACCUCCAACCGUGUCCACGGUAGCUACGUUGAUCAAUUUGACAAUGACACUCCCAAAAAAGAUCGCCAGCGGCUUCGUGUAACCAUCAUAGGUGCUGGAGUAUCCGGGAUCUCGAUGGCCUACAAACUUCAAAAGCAUCUCAAAGACUAUGUCGAGAUACAUAUCCUUGGAAAGUCACCAGAACUUGGCGGGACUUGGUUCGAGAACAGAUACCCAGGCUGCGCAUGCGAUGUUCCAAGUCACUGCUAUCAGUUCAGCUUCGCGCCAAAUCCCGACUGGUCACGGUUCUAUGCUUCAUCUCAGGAGAUUCAGGCUUAUCUUGACGGUGUAGCACGCCAUUUCGAUCUGCGCAAGUUCAUCAAAUUCAACACAACAGUGACCAAAGUAGAGUGGUCGGAAGAUUCCGGCACAUGGUGUGUAAACACCGCGGAUGGAUCAACGCUCGUAUCCGAGAUUCUCGUCAACGCCAGCGGCAUUCUCAACAACUUCCAAAUGCCAAAUAUUGAGGGAUUCGAGAAUUUUGCCGGCCCUGUGCUUCACACAGCCAACUGGGAUUCGUCCGUAAACCUGAGCGGUCAACGAGUCGGCGUUAUCGGGGCGGGCGCGAGUUCCGUUCAACUGCUCCCCGAGAUCCAAACAGAAGCUCGCAAAAUCAGUGUCUUCAUCCGAACACCGUCGUGGAUAUCUCCGCCGGUAGCCCUGCCAGAGGCCAAUCGUCCCGGACACACAUACGGCAUAGACGAAAAGGAAGCGUUCAGAGAAGAUGAGAAGGAGUAUCUCGAAACCAGAAAAGGUCUAGAAUCGCAGUUCAACGGAAUGUUCCAGGCUUUUUUCAAGGCGAAUCCAGAGCAGAGAACUAUGCGCCAGCGGUUCGAGACGAGAAUGAGGAGUCUCAUCCAAGACAAGACUUUGCAAGACCAGCUCGUCCCAAAGUUCGAAGCGGGAUGUCGACGGAUCAACCCAGGGGAGAGGUAUCUACUGACACUACAGGAGCCCAAUGUCGAGCCGGUGUUUGACGGAAUCGAGAGAAUCACAUCCAGCGGUAUCGUCGCGGGUGGUGUUGAGUACCCUGCCGAUGUUUUGAUCGCUGCGACAGGCUUCAACACCUCGUUCCGACCUCGUUUCCCGAUUCUUGGCCGCAACGGCGUCAACUUGCAAGAUCUGUGGGCUGAUGAGCCAACAUCAUAUUGCGGGACCGGGGUCUCCGGCUUCCCCAAUUACAUGGUCUUCCUAGGCCCCAACACACCAAUUUCAAACGGAAGCCUCAUGGGCCCCAUCGAGGCGACGGGAGAUUACUUUAUCAGAAUCCUCUCAAAGGUCAUCAGACAGCGCGUCAAAUCCUUUGACGUAAGACCAGAAGCGCAAAGCGACUUUGAUAAGCAUACUCAAGAGUUCAUGAAGAACAUGGUGUGGACGGGCACAUGUCGCAGUUGGUUCAAGAAGGGCGUCACAGGAAAAGUCAGCGCCCUCUGGCCAGGAAGUUCCCUUCACUACAUGCAAUGCUUGGCUGAGGACCGGUGGGAAGACUACGACUGGCGCUACGACGGUGAAAGGUACUCGUACUGGCGCGAGGGCUUCUCCUGGAUCGAGCAGCCCGAGAAGGAUCCACUCGGUAUCGACCAGCGGGAGUAUGCGACGUCCAUGACUACCAUCCCCCACAGGGCUUCUGAUCUCAGCUUCUACCUGCAGAAGGCCGAGUCUCUCCCGCCAGGAGCGGUUGCGUUUGUCCCUCAGGCUCAUGAACAGAAGCAGUAUGUUGAAGAGGACGUGAAGAUAGUGAACAAUUUGGAGGGGUCUGGAAAGAAGGAUGUCUCAGAUGUCGUCAAAGACCAGACUUGUGCGUCUGCUCAGAGUAUUCAGAACAUCGAAGCUCUCAGACCGAGUGUUAUGGUCCCGGUCUAA